UAGCAAAGAUUUGUUACAUGGUGUCAUGGAUGGAUGGAAUUUCCUUUUUUAACUGCGGUCCAGAAAAAUGGUCUUUCGCACCUCUCUUGUACGGACAACGGAGAAGCCGGAUUCUUCUUUGGUUGUUGUCUAACUCGGAGGAGCUGGAAACCAGGGAGCCCUGCGUACGUCUGGAUCCCACAGCUGCGCCUGCAGUGAACGGGGUAAAAGGCGAGGGUUCUGUCCCGUGUUGGACUUCCGUCAAGCUGCGUAUGAACGCUCUGGCCUUGACUCCAUGAGCAACACCAAUCAGGAGUGCUAGCGGGACCUCGGAAGAGCGCGCCCUUUGUUUUGCCACUUGGCACCGGAUGACAAGUCACCGUGGUUACCGCACAGACCCUCAGGAGCCCGAGAGAAGAAAAGCGGGGCAGUUCAUUUCGGCGAGAAGCUGCGAGAACCCCAGCUAGAGGCGUUACCUCCUCAACAAUAAUCCCACUCAAUCCAGACCUGCAAGCUGGAAAAGCAUGAAGGCGCGUGUUCCGGCGUAAGUGGUACCAAGAGUCCGAGAUCCGGCGGCGCGUGCCUGCGGCGAUGGGCAAAACCAUGAAAAACGACGGAGUCGAGCAGAGGACGACAGGAGCAUUGGGUCCCACCGAGGACGCGGUGUACCUACGGCGGAGGAUUGGCCUGCUGGCCGCCACCUCCCUCAUUGUGGGCACAGUGGUGGGUAGCGGCAUCUUCAUCGCACCCAAGGGCGUCCUGGUGAACACCGGCAGCGUGGGCCUGUCCCUCGUGAUCUGGAUCCUGUGCGGCGUGCUCUCCACGUUUGGUGCUCUAUGCUACGCUGAGCUAGGAACCAGCUUCAAGAAAUCGGGAGGCCAUUACACGUAUCUUCUAGAAACCCUGGGCCCUCUGCCUGCCUUCCUGCGCCUCUGGGUUGAGUUCAUCAUGGUCAGACCGGCUGUGGCCUCUGUGGUGUCGCUGGCCUUCGGCCGCUACGUGGUGGAGCCCUUCUUUACCCCCUGCCCUGCACCCCCGGCCCUGGUCAAGCUGGUUGGCAUCCUGGGAGUGUCAUUUGUUGUGGCGGUGAACUGCUGGAGUGUAAAACUAGCCUCCCGCACUCAGAUCACCCUCACCUUCAUCAAGAUGUUUGCCCUCAUCCUCAUCAUUGUCCCGGGCGUCAUGGCCCUGACCAGAGGGCAAACACACAACUUCCAAAACGCUUUCGACUCCACCUCCUCAACCCUGGAAAAGCUCCCUCUCGCCUUCUACUCUGGCCUCUAUGCCUACGGGGGGUGGUUCUAUUUGAACUUUGUGACGGAAGAGGUCAUCGAUCCGAACAGAAACAUCCCGCUUUCAAUCAUCUUCUCCAUGGUGACGGUGACCGUGUGCUACGUACUCGUCAACGUGUCCUACUACACGGUGAUGACUGCGGAGGAGGUGCUCAUGUCGGAGGCUGUGGCCGUGACUUUCGCCAGCCGUGCUCUGAAGGGCGUGGCCUCCUUGGUCCCCGUGCUGGUGGCGGUGUCCUGCCUGGGGGCGCUCAAUGGCGGCUUCUUCGUGGCGCCCAGGAUGCUGUUUGUGGGAUCCAGGGAGGGUCACUGGCCGGCUCUCUUCUCCAUGAUACACAUUCGCCGACAGACACCCAUGCCUGCAAUCCUCCUCUUGUUCCCACUGGUGGUGCUGAUGCUGGCCAGAGGUGAGCUCUUCCAACUGGUCAACUUUGCUUCUUUCUCCCGCUGGCUUUUCAUCGCCAUGGCUACCUUGGGGAUGCUGAUCCAUCGCUACCGGUUCCCCAGCCACCCCAGACCCUUCAAGGUGCCGCUGGUCAUCGCGGUUAGCUUCACGGCAGUGUGCUUCUUCAUCGUUGGCCUGUCCCUGUAUUCAGACCCAUGGAACACUGGGGUCAGCUGUGCCAUCACCCUGUCUGGCAUGCCCGUGUACUACCUGACCAUCCAUCGGCAGCUCCUGCCUCUUCGUUGGACUAAGGCUUUACACUCUUUCAGCAGGCAGCUCCAGAUUCUGAUGGAGGUCACUCAGCAGGAGGUCCAGACCUACUGAUGCCUUCAGAGAUCUUGACAGAAACCUGAACUAGGAGACCUCCAGCUUUGGGUUUGUUCUUCAUGUAGCUCUUCCUUACUGCCAGCAUGAUCCCACCUCCCUUAAAAAGGAAAGAAACAUGACAAUCUUUUAGGACUUUGUACUGGGAUUUAUACACAAAAAAAAUAUGUCAAAAUAUUCACUAAAUACGGGAAGAUGGCUGCAGUAGUGAAUUUCAGUUGAACAGAGAUCUUCUCUUCGAACUGAUGUCUGUAAGUACACAGUAUUUUUUUUUUUUUACCUGUCACUUUUACAAUAAACAAUACUCACUUGCUA